GUGUACAGAACUAGGGGAAGCUGCUAACAGAAAAUGAAGCGGGGUUGUGCUGUGUGAAUGGCAACACUUUGUAGGACCACAGGUUCCAGCGUGUGGAGGGAAUGAGGACAUGGGAACCCCUGUUCCUUGGCUGUCCCCAUUGGAGGAUCCAGCCAUCUCUGUGUUCCUCCUUCCUGGUCUUUAUGCUGGCUAUAUUGGCAAGGCCAUGGCGAAUGAGCAGCUCAGAGAUGUUCUGGAACUUGCUUUAAUUAACGAGCCAGAGGCUGUAACAACGGAUCUGCUUGACAAGAUGUUCGAAGUCCCUUUCAGAGAGCGAUAUCGUAGGCUGGAUUUACCGAGUCUUCUUUCAGGAGGAGCACAGGGACCAGCUCUGCGGUCUGUAAUCACAGCUCUCAAUAUACUAGAGAAAUAUGGGAAAAACCUUCUUUCACCAAAUCGACCCAAAUUCUGGAGAAGUGUCAAGUUUAAUAAUCCUGUAUUCAAGACAACAGUGGAUGCUGUUGAGGGUGGACGCCAUGUGUUGUCAUUGUAUGGAUACACACACUCUCUUCCGGAUGGCCUCAGCUUUCCAGAUUCAGCGGCAGAGCCAGAUACAACUGAAGUUGCUGCAGUAACUGCUGAUGUCCUUAUCCUCCAUCGGGAACUUAAUCUUCUGAUUUCAAAUUCUCACCCACACCAGGAUGAAGCUGCUCAAGAACUAUUGGGAGCAAAACUGCCACAGCCAUCUUUCGUUACAGAUGCCAUUCCCUUCACUCAGCCUCACUCCUCAGAAGUCAUUUCUGCUGGAUGCUGCCUUUGUGGUGUGAAGAAUGUCUCUGUAUUGUGCACUUCAUGUAAUGAGACCCUCUGUUUGGCAUGUGAUCAGCGAGUACACUCUCAUCCCAACCGAUCACAUCACCUGCGUUCUCCGUAUGGUAUUUCCACUACUCACAGGCAUAAGGAAGAGGACUUUAUUUCACACCUUUCCUCUCGUCCUCCUUGGGAAUGUAUGACUUGCAGUACUUUAAACAGAGGUGGUUCGGUGCUGUGCAUCACUUGUAAACGUCCUCGUGGCUGUAAUAACAUCAUGUCCAGCAUGUUACAAGAAACUUCCUUGCAGAAGGAUAUAUGGGAGUGCCAAGCCUGUACCCUACAAAAUCCCUCUUCUGCUGUUCUGUGUGCAGUUUGUGACCGACCUCGACUAGCUCGGAAACCAUCUAGAGAAAAUGCUGAGUCCAUUUUGUCAUUGUCUAAAGAUGGCACAGAUACUAGGGAUCGUUACAAAACUAUGCCCCUUCCUCAAAAGACUAGCCCUUUGUUGACAGAGAAAGAAAUGCAGCAGUCAUUUGCAUUUGGUAACAAAAUGGAGAGUGUGGAAAGGGCUACCCAAAUGUCAAGGAUCUUCGGUGCAGAAGAUAUUGGUGCUUUCCCAAAGAAGGAUGGCUUAGAUAACACAUGCACAUCUGAGAAAUCCAUCAAUGACCCAGUCCAUUCUUUAAGAAGCAGUCUGGUUAAUGUUGCUGAAUCAUCAAAAGGAAGCCUUGAGCAAGGAAUAAAAGUGAGAAAACUAGAGGGCUGGGAAUGCUCCCACUGCACCUUUUACAACAAACAUAGUGGACGUGUCUGUGAAAUGUGUGACCGCACAAGUGAAGUGGCAAGUCCUGCCAGAGAUAAAAAGAUACUGGAUGUCCACAGGCAAUUACUAAACCAGGAGGAGAUGAGGCAGAAGCAGCUAAAAGAAGAUGGUGUCAAAUUGGUGGCCUUAAUUAAGGAAGGAGAGGCUCAUGGUGUGUCCCCUGAAGAGGUGUACAGUACCAUUCAAUACUCUGGAACAGAGGUGCCCUUAGGGUGGCUGCAGACAGAACUUCCCUAUGUACUGGAACGGGUGAUUGAAGCUGCCCAGAAAGCAGCACCUGACCUAGGGGCUUUUACAGCAGAAGAGGCUCGUACCGCAUGGGUGUCUAGUGGAGGUGACAUGGAGGAUGCUGUGCACUUAUGUAUUAUACAGCGGAGGAGUAAGGUAGAAGAACUAUGUACAUUGGGUUUCCAAAACCGCGAUAAUGUGGUUGCUGCCCUUUUUGAAACUGCUGGGGAUGUUGGAAAAGCACUCUGUACACUACAGAAAACACUUUUAGAGCCCUUUCUUCAGCGUGUGUGGGAAGACACAGAAGUUCCCUUUCAGCUUGAUUCAAAAGAUAAGCAGGCACUUCUACGAAGAUUGCUUGCAGAACAUUCGCUGCACAGUUGGGGCCGCGCUGAACUGGUUUUGUCGCUGCUUCAGGAAGGCGAAGGACGCUAUAGCCUGCAGGAUGUUGUUGAGGCAGUAAGAGAAUCUCAGGACCGGGAUUUCAUCAAGAGGAUGCUAACGCAGGAGUGUGCAGUCUGCUUAUGGGAGUUUCCGCGCAACAAGAUGCGCUCUCUCACUUCAUGUGAGUGUUGUAUCUGCCCUGACUGCUUUCGGAUGCACUUUACGGUUGCAGUAAAAGAGAAACACAUCAGAGACAUGGUGUGUCCAGCAUGUGAGGAGCCUGAAAUUAGCGAUGAGGUUGAACUCCUGCAUUAUUUCUCUACAUUGGAUAUCUUGUUACGGGAUACUCUGGAUGUAGAUGCAUACGAUUUGUUCCACAAAAAGCUGACAGAGCGAACCCUGAUGAAAGAUCCAAAGUUUCUCUGGUGCACUCAUUGCUCAUUUGGAUUCAUUUAUGAACGAGAUCAACUAGAUGUCAAAUGUCCUCAGUGUAAAUGUAGUUUUUGCAGGAACUGCAAGAGACUAUGGGAGGAGCAGCACCGAAAUCUAAGUUGUGAAGAUUUCCAGAACUGGAAGAGAGAAAAUGAUGCUGAAUAUCAGGCGCAAGGCUUGGCUGUAUAUCUGCAGGAAAAUGGAAUCACAUGCCCACACUGCAAAUUUUCCUAUGCCCUUGCACGAGGUGGUUGCAUGCACUUCGUUUGUUCUCAGUGUCGCCAUCAGUUCUGCAGUGGAUGUUACAAUACAUUUCACCUCAAAAAUAAAUGCACAGUCCAGUCCUGCACAGUGAGAAUGUCUCUUCAUGCCCAUCAUCCCAGAGACUGCUUAUUCUAUCUGCGAGACUGGGAGGUGCCUCGUCUACAGAGACUUCUAACAAUGUCCAAUGUGCAGUUUAACACGGAUCCCCCAACUGGAACACAAGCUGGACCUGGAGGCGGGUGUCGGGUCAUGGAGCAGAAAGAAAGCCUGGAUGGAAUGAGGGAUGAGGCAUGUGGAAAACAAACAGCAGUGGGCUAUGCUGGUUUGUGUGAAUCUCAUUAUAAGGAAUACCUUGUCAGCCGCAUUAAUGCGCUCUAUUUGGACCCCUGUAUACUUUAUGACUUAGACGAGGUUGUUACUGUGUGUAAACGCUACUUGCCAGGCUGUCCUCCCAAAAAAGAAAAUGAAGAUGAGGCCACUUACAAAAAUCAUCUUAUUCAAGUACUGAUGACAGAGAUCCCACUGAAUCUUCAUGUCCAAAGAAGUCAACACUCCUAACUGCCUUCUUUUUGCUUGCUUUAUGUACAGUCAUGGAAGCUUUAAGUUUCUCAAACAGAAUAAAAAAUAUCUAUAUUGUUA